UCAGUAUAGUGUUACUGGGUGGCAAGCAACUUGGAUGCUCCCUCGCCUCCCUGGUUAGCCUGCUGUCUGUCUCUCCUGGUUAGAAUCCCUGUACCAUCCUGCCCAGAAGAGCCAUUCGCACCUGAUAAAACAUCUGAUUUGGGGAAAAAGAUGAGGCAACACCUAACCCUCUCCCUGGCGUGCGUGAGCCUGGUCAUGCUCUGGGGCCAUGUCUGUGCCAUGCAUGUGCCCCGGGUCUACAGCAUUUCCAUGGAUACUGGCAGUGGAAAUGGAGGGGAGCCAGACCUCCUAAUCCCUGUUGAUAGCCCUCCUGUGCAUAUUCCACCAGUAAAUGUGGUGCCCAUCGAUGUCUCCCCAGCAAAUGUCACCCCAAUCAAUGACUCCCCUUUCUCCCCCUUCACUACCAUGGCACCCACCCUGGUUGGCACCAUCACCAACUCCAUCACCACCACCAUGAUCCGGCUCAAGGACUUCAUGCUUACCCGGGUGGUGGACUUCCUCCAGAAUAACAUGCUGAUCAUCAUUGUGGUUACUUCCCUCCUUAUUGUCAUGAUCUUUAUCAUCUGCUGUGCAGCUACCAUGAGCCAAAAGCGCAAGAUGGAGGCCCACAAACCCCCUGCCAGCCCACCUGGGAAGAACAUGGACCACUCGGCUGGAGGAGUCAAACCCUCUAGUGGGGUUCAAAGCAGGGUUUACAGCGGACCUGACUCUGCCAGGAGGGUUCAAAACCAGGGAACCCCAAAGAAUAUGCGCACCCCUUCUGCUGCACUGGUGGGGGACAAGUUGGGAAAGGAGCCCAAGCAAAAGGAGGCAAAGAAAGUGAGAGAGGAGGAAGAAGAUACCCGGAGAGUGGAGCCUAAGCACAAAGGUCAGAAGGCUGAGGAGGGGAAGCAGAACUCCAGUCACCCCAAGGUCUGCACCUGCCACCUGAGGAAGGACAACCACUAAGUACAGGUUGGGGCUCCAACCAUGUGAAAAAACAGGAGAGGGAAUAUUUUUCUCUUGCAGAGGGAACUCGCUGGAUAUGUUCAUUGCUGUGUGCCCAACUUGUCUGUGGAACCUGACUGUAUGUACCCUUUAGCAUACAGAUACAAUUGGGUCUAAAUAGCUUACAAUCAGGCCUUAGAGUUCAGCUCUGACUGUCAUUUUGCUUAUAUAUGUCAUAUUUGAUUCCUUCUACAGUUCCAAUGUUCUAGACAAGUCAUUGUAAAAUGAAGACAAGAUAUUUCUCUAUCCAUUUUUUUUUUUUUAAGAUGAGACAUGAUAAGAUAAUAUUUAUAGGAUGUUUGCAUGUUUUACAACUUGUAAUUGUAAUGUUCUGUCUUUUGACGGAUUUAGACAGACAGACUUUAUAAAUCAUACAAAGAAAAUAAAAUUAGCCUCUGUUAUAAAAAGAAAGCCCAUAGCAGAUUUUUCUUGGUCAGUGAGAAGGAAAAAGGUCUCACCAGUGAAUCUGCGCCAUUACAGCACCUGCCUCAGCAUGGUUAAGUCAUUAAGGCCAUCUCUGUGUAAAAGUGUUCAAUUACGAGUUAGUUCUGAUCACACAGCUAACAGUUUCAUCAAGACGGAUGAGCCAAUGAUCAACCAGGUCAUCAGGAGUGAAAAGAAAAUGGAAGUUAUGAGUCUCUCCAAGUUUACUAUAUUAAAAUGGUGGAUGUGUUUAAUGGGGAUGUCCAUGUUGUAAUGUGUUUUCUCACAGUUAUGUCCUCCAACCAUCUCUAUGCUGUUUGCUCACUCUGGCAAUAACAUGGCCAGUAGAUGUUAAACAUACAGUAACAGAUUGAUGCGAUAUAUUUUUCUAUUUUACCAGUGGACUUCUCUUUUGUCAUUAGAAGUAUUUUCAUACAUUUCACACUGGUGUUUUGUUAUUAAAGAGAAUUAGCCUAUGGUAGGAUAGAUGUUGGAGCUUAUUUUGUUAGUAUUUUUGUUUAUAAUAUUUUGUUUAUCUUUUUUGAACAACAAAACCACUGUGAUUACCAGGGGCGAGUGUGUGAUUACAAAAGUACCAACGUCUUAAUACUGGUACUUUCCUCUAAAGCCAAUUUAAAUUCUGAAACUCUCAACACUCUCUACUUAAGGACUGUUUUACAGCGACUCUCACUGUGGUGUGUACAUUGUGGUAGUUAUGUUUGUGUAAUGGAUCUUAUUAUCCCUUUGUCUGACUCCAAU